AUAUCAACCUCCCUCCGACCCUCUGUUUUGUAGAAAAGUUACCCACUUACCACUCCCUCCACCCCUCCCUCCAAUGGCUCUCCUUCUGGUUCUUAUCUCAAUCACAGCCAUCUUCCUCGCUUACAAGCUCUACCAGCGCCUCAGAUUCAAGCUCCCCCCGGGCCCACACCCCUGGCCCAUCGUCGGAAACCUCUACGACAUCAAGCCGGUGAGGUUCCGGUGCUUUGCGGAGUGGUCACAGGCCUAUGGCCCCAUCAUAUCGGUGUGGUUCGGGUCAACCCUGAACGUCAUAGUUUCAAAUUCAGAGCUGGCAAAGGAGGCUCUGAAGGAGAAAGAUCAGCAACUGGCUGAUAGGCACAGGAGCAGAUCCGCUGCUAAAUUCAGCAGAGACGGGAAGGACCUGAUAUGGGCCGACUAUGGACCUCACUACGUCAAGGUCCGAAAGGUGUGCACCCUUGAGCUCUUCUCUCCCAAGAGGCUUGAAGCUCUCAGACCCAUCAGAGAAGAUGAAGUGACAGCCAUGGUUGAAUCCAUUUUCAAAGAUGUCACCAAUCCUGAAAAUCUUGGGAAGAGCAUAUUGUUGAAGAAGUAUUUGGGAGCAGUGGCGUUCAAUAACAUUACAAGACUGGCAUUUGGGAAAAGGUUUAUGAAUUCGGAGGGUGUGAUCGACGAGCAGGGUUUGGAAUUCAAGGCCAUUGUGGCCAAUGGGCUAAAGCUCGGUGCAUCACUAGCCAUGGCCGAGCACAUCCCAUGGCUUCGCUGGAUGUUUCCCCUUGAGGAAGAAGCGUUUGCCAAGCACGGUGCGCGUCGCGACCGACUCACUAGAGCCAUCAUGGAAGAGCACACCCUUGCCCGCGAGAAGAGCGGUGGUGCCAAGCAGCAUUUUGUGGAUGCUUUGCUCACUCUCCAAGAUAAAUAUGAUCUAAGUGAGGACACCAUUAUUGGGCUGCUUUGGGAUAUGAUUACUGCCGGCAUGGACACAACUGCUAUUUCAGUUGAAUGGGCCAUGGCCGAGCUGAUCAAGAACCCUAGGGUCCAACAAAAGGUUCAAGCAGAGUUAGACCAUGUAAUUGGGCUGGACCGCGUCAUGAGCGAAUCUGACUUCUCCAACCUCCCUUACCUACAAUCUGUAGCCAAGGAGGCACUGAGGCUGCACCCUCCAACCCCAUUGAUGCUCCCCCAUCGGGCCAAUGCCAAUGUUAAGAUCGGUGGCUAUGACAUUCCAAAGGGAUCCAAUGUUCAUGUAAAUGUAUGGGCUGUGGCACGUGAUCCAGCGGUGUGGAAAGAUCCAGAAGAGUUCCGACCCGAACGGUUCCUGGAGGAGGAUGUUGAUAUGAAGGGUCAUGAUUUUAGGCUACUGCCUUUUGGUGCUGGGAGACGUGUGUGCCCAGGUGCACAACUUGGUAUCAAUUUGGUUACGUCAAUGUUGGGUCACCUACUGCACCAUUUUAACUGGGCUCCACCCGAGGGGGUUAACCCAGAGGAUCUGGACAUGUCGGAGAACCCUGGAUUGGUCAGUUACAUGAGGACUCCGCUACAGGCUAUUCCUACUUCAAGGUUACCUGCAAGCUUAUACAAAAGGAUGGCUGUGGAUAUUUAAUUUUUAAGAUGUUGGAUUCUCCUUUUAAGCUUUUGGAUUACUUUGAAUGAGAUUGUAAAAUGUUCGAUGACCCUAAUGGGAAAAUAGGGAUCAAAUAAAAAAGACACCGUGUUCUAUGAGUUUGAUCA